GCCCAUAGUUCUAAUUCAACUACCAUUGCGCUGAUUUUUGUCAUGGAAGUUGUACAAAGAAAAAAGAGAGAGAGAGAGAGAGUAGAAGUUGCAAAUAGAACCUUUAUCUUUAAUAUCAGGCGAGAAAAGGAGAAUAUAGGAAUUUGCCUGAUGCUGAAGAACAAUCAAGAAAUGAGAUCCGGAAGUGGGGGAAUCCCUACAAAUCCUGCUGAAAAUCAUCAACAAUUGAAUGACGAUGAUGAUGAUGGAAGUGAACACUAGAAUAUGACCAUAAAUCAGCUUCAUUAAUUGUAAUUGUUUUUUUUUUUUGAUCCUCCAUUGUUUUUGCUUCCUUUUUUUUUUUUUGGGGGGGGGGUAAUCUGCUGUGUUUUUGCUGUUGGUGGAAUCUUUGCUAUAAACUCAUCAUGGUUAAUCAAUUCGGAUAAUUGAAACAAUUUCGUCUAUUGAAAGGUUUGGAAAUUUACUUAAUCAAUCCAGAAUUCGAGAUGAAUAAGAAAUCUAUAUCCAAGCCUACUUGCUUCUCUAAAAUUAUUUAUUAAAAUGAAUUACAGUUAUUUGUACAUACUAACUAAUAUUUCUCAAAAGUAACAUAUAUUUUUGGCUAUUUAAAUUUGUAGAACUCUUUUAAGUACAAUUUAAAAAAAAAAAAAAGCUUCCAUUUUUAGGGUUUAUAAAGGGUAUAGGGUUUUAGUUGAGUGGCGAAAAUUGGGAAUUCAAGAAGGUAUGUGGGCAAUUACAAGAGGAGGGUUUUACCGGAAACUUCUCAACUUUCCCAAAACCAUCGCCCGCCCUCUCAUGGGUACCUCCAAUCUCAUUAGGGUGUCUUCCCUGGCUUACUCCACUGGCUCCCCCAACGAUGUGCCUUCUAAGCGCGUUGGCACUCACAGCGGCAGCUUUCACUGUGACGAGGCUCUUGGCUGCUUCAUGAUUUGUCUCACUAACAAGUUCUCCAACUCCGAGAUUGUCCGUACCAGAGACCCCAAGGUAUUGGAGGGUUUUGAUGCUGUGCUUGAUGUUGGAGGCGUAUAUGAUCCAAGUCGUGAUCGGUAUGAUCAUCACCAGAAAGGAUUUGAGGAGGUCUUCGGCCAUGGAUUUAAUACAAAGCUUAGCAGUGCCGGGCUUGUUUAUAAGCAUUUCGGCAAAGAGAUAAUAGCUAAAGAGCUUCAACUCGGUGAAGACCACCCAGAUGUGCAAAGAUUGUUUCUGGCCCUUUACAAAAACUUCAUGGAGGCAAUUGAUGCGAUUGACAAUGGAAUCAACCAGUUUGAUACCGACAAGCCUCCGAGAUAUGUGAACAAUACCAACUUAUCCUCUAGGGUUGGAAGAUUAAAUUUAGACUGGAUGGAUCACAAUCAAUCACCUGAGAAAGAGAAUGAGGCUUUCCAACAAGCAAUGGCUGUAGCUGGUAGUGAGUUCUUAGAUAGUGUCCGGUUUCAUGCAAAAUCUUGGUUACCAGCAAGGUCAAUUGUGAUGGAGUGUAUUGCAGAUAGAUAUGAUACAGACCCUAGCGGUGAAAUUAUGGUUUUUAAAAGGUUUACCCCUUGGAAGCUUCACAUAUUUGAGCUCGAGGAAGAGAUGAAGGUUGAUCCUCCUAUUAAGUACGUUCUUUAUGAGGAUGAUAGGGGCAAACGAUGGCGAGUUCAGGCAGUAGCAAUAUCUCCUGAUAGAUUUGAGAGCCGAAAGCCUCUCCCAGCUCAAUGGCGAGGCUUGACAGAUGAUGAACUCUCAAAGGAGGCUGGCAUUCCGGGCUGUAUCUUCGUCCACAUUAGCGGGUUUACUGGUGGAAAUCAAACUUAUGAGGGUGCUCUAGCUAUGGCAAGAACAGCUCUGAAGAUAUGAUCAAUCUAGGGAGAUUGAUUCCAUUUGGGUAUUUCAGUCACUCAACACGGUAUCUUAUCGCCUCACACGCAACAGAUUAUCAGCUUCGACAUGCUGGUGGUCGUGAAGUCUCAAACAUGCGCAAAGUCCAAAUAUUUGGAAUCAAUGCUGAUCGUUUUACUGUGAAGGAAUUCAUGUCUGAUCUCUACUGCUAGCUUUCGUUAUUUGUUAUUCCGGUAUAAUUUUAUAAAUAUCCCAAUACAGAUAAUGAAACUGAGAAGGGCAUUGAUCUUAUUCUUCUAUAAUGAAAUACUGUAACAUCCACUUUUCUUUAUCUAUGUAGCAUGCCUAAAUUGCAUGAAAUGUGGCAUGGGACAAAUAUAUGAAUAUAAUUGAUUAAUAUGCAAAGGGUUUUGGUGUGCAUAAAAAAGGUUUUAAAAAAAGGGAAAAGAGACUAAGAAGAACAGAGAAGAAAGGAAGCAGAAAUUUUUUGAAGUUAAAUUUAGGUUUUUCUAUCACCUAGUGUGGUAAGUUUUAUGAUUUUAUUAUUAUCUUUCGUACAUGGUAAAGAAAAACUCAAAACUCUAACACCCUGUUUGGUUCAAUGUAAUGGAAUAGCCAUUACAAUUCAAUUCCAUGGGCCCACCAUAAACCCUUGUUUGGUUCACUGAAAUGUCUAUUACGGAUGCUGCUGUUUAGUUUUUUAUUCCCACUAAACACUGAAUAGAGGUUGAAUAGCAUUCUUUGCCUCACCCUCUGAAUGGCCAUUCAGAGCACGCGAUUGCUGCAAGAGGGAUGGAGACUUUGAGGCCUGCUUUAUAAAGGCUAUACAUGACAAGGGCUUCUGCAUAUAGAGAUGCUCUUAAGAGUUUCAUAGAAGGAUAUCAAGAAGGUAUCCAGCAGAUCAUGGGUAAAAAGGAAGAUUCUUCUAAAGCACAGCAAGAAGGCAAUACUGAUAAAAAUUCAACUUGAUAGCUGAUAAGUGCAUAAUUGGAGAUGCAUGUGAGUACUUCUCCAGCAUACCUAUUGUAGAUACAAGUUUAGAGAUUUGGUGGAGCUGGGUUGGCAUGAAAUCACAAGAAUGAUAUAUGUCCUGAGAAUUUUCCUGUAUUGAGAAAGUGACCUUUAGAAACUACAAAUAUAAUGGGAAUCUCCAUUGACAAUGGUGAUGCUCUUUCAUCCUUGUCAUUUCAUAUUUAUUAAUUUUUGUUAUAGUUUUAGUAUUCAACGUGCUUGAGCUUGGAGAAAUGUAAAAGAACCUUAAUGCUUUAUGUCUUUGUUAAGUGCAACUGAAGAAUUACUUAGA